GCUUGUUUGGGGGCUGCGGACACAGACAGACAGGGAGCACCGGGUUUGAAAGCUUCACAGGCGUCGACCAAGCUCAGAUUUGAUUCAUUUUGUCUUACUUUUGAUUUUUAGGCAACUGCGUGUUGCGAAGAAAGCGGUCAUGUCGGUGAAUAUGGACGAACUCAGACAUCAAGUCAUGAUCAACCAGUUUGUUUUGACGGCUGGAUGCGCCGCGGAUCAGGCGAAGCAGCUCCUCCAGGCGGCCCACUGGCAGUUCGAGACGGCCUUAAGCUCCUUCUUCCAGGAGGCCAACAUCCCCCCUCACCACCACCAGAUGAUGUGUACUCCCAGGAACACGCCCGCUACGCCACCCAACUUCCCGGACGCCAUCACCAUGUUCUCCAAGCUGCGUGCGUCUGAUUGCGGCCCCGGGUCCGGCAGCGGUUCCUCCAUGGCGUGCUCCCCACCGACCCCCUCCUCCAGCUACGGCUCCUUCUGGGCGUCCUCACCGCCCAGCCACCAGCCCGCCUGGCUGCCCCCAUCGUCGCCAACAGGCCCCCACCUGCACCACCACUUCCACCACCACCACCUGCAACAGACUCCCAUGUGGCCCCCUGGCGCCCAGCCCAGCGCCGCCCCACAGCCCCCCGUCGUGUCCGCGCUGCACGGCCAGAGAUGAGACUGAACGGGGAGGAGGGGGGCUGGUCAAGGAGCCAAAUGUAUGGGGAGG